AUGGCUAGUAUACAGACAUUUAAAAGUAUACAUGACAAGGAAAUGUUACUUGUAAAUAAUUAUGAAUACAUGUUUGAUAAGAAAAGACUGCGAAUACGAGAUCAAAAUAAUAUAUAUUAUUGGAAAUGUACAAAACGAUGUGGAGCAACGUUUCGGACAAUAUUUGAGCACGGUGAACAUAAACAAGACAAUUGUUUUAUUAAUAAUGACCAUUCUCACCCACCAGAUACAGUUAAACACCAUUGCAAAAUUCUAAAAAAUAAAAUUAAAAAAUGUGCUCAAAAUUCACAAGAUUCGCCAAAUCAAAUAUAUCAAAACGAAAUUGCAAAUUCCAACGUUAUAAUUUCAUCUCAAGUAACUAAAAACGCAUCCAAGCAAAUCGUAAAAAGACAAAGAAAAGGAAAAGAACUAGAACCAGUUUCAUUAAAUUUUAUACCUUCCUUAGAACUUCAAAAUACAAUUUCAGGACAACCUUUCCUUUUGAAAAAUGCAAUCGAAGGAAAUAAUAAAUUUAUGAUUUUUACAACUGUUCAAAAUUGUAUAUACUUGAGGGAAUCAAAUUUUUGGCUCGCUGAUGGAACCUUUAAAGCUUGUCCUGGAAUUUUUAAACAGAUAUUUACAAUACAUGGAUCAAUUUCACGAGGUAUUAAUGACAACAUUUGUGUACCAUUGGUAUACGUACUGAUGACCAACCAAACUGAAGAUGACUAUAAAACAGUGCUAAACGAGUUUAAUAAUUUUGCGAUUAAAAAUAAUAUUUAUUUCGAAAGUAAUAAGGAACUUGAAAUAAUAACGGACUUUGAAAAAGCUUCAAUCAACGCGAUCAAUGACGUCUUUCCAUUUGUAACCCAUUCUGCUUGUUUUUUUCACUUUUGUCAAAAUAUCUGGCGCCAUAUUCAAAAAGAAGGGCUAUCUACAAAGUAUAUGGAAGACCUGGAAUUUAAUUUGAUUUGUCGGCAUUUACCUGCUCUUUCUUUUCUUCCAGUAAAUAAAGUAAUCGAAGGUUGGGAAAUUGUGAAAUUAUUAUUUAGUGAUAACGAAAGAGAACAAUCACUUUUAGAAUACUUCGAAAAUACUUACAUUUAUGGUAAACCAGCUAUGAGACUACGUGGACGUAUUAAACCUCAACGACACCCCCCCUUAUUUCCAAUUGACAUGUGGUCAGUAGCUUCAAGAAUUGAUGCAAAUUUGCCAAGAACAACAAAUAUUGCUGAAUCAUGGCACGGUCGACUUAAUAGAUUAGUAUCAAAACAACCAGGAGUUUACAAAUUGAUGAGACAGUUCCAAAAAAUUCAGAAUGAAACUGAAAAUUCUAUAGAGCAAAUCAUUCAAGGCCGAACAAGUAAAAAAAGAAAAACAUGCAACGAAGAACGGGAACAAAGAAUUAAAAAAUUAGUUCUAAGACUAAAAAAUUUAGACAUAAGUAUUAUUGAGUUUCUAAGAGGAAUAUCGUAUAAUUUAAGUUUUUAGUUUUUUUUUUAUUUAGCAUUUACAUUUAUUAACGACUAAUUUAUUUUACGAAUUUUUGG